AUGAACCUCAACGACCUCAGGAAGAUAGAGGUCGAUAUCGACAUCUUCCUCAACCGGUUCAUCCCACAUCCUCGAUGGCAUCGCUAUCCAUACCCUUUGGCCCACUUCCUCGGCCAUAGACGUGAACCAGUGCCUAAAUUGGGGACCCUCGUGGUUAUAUUUUGGACCUUCGUUGGCGUGUUCUGCGGCCUCUUGACCAUCACCGCGGCCUCUACACAUAUCCCUUCUUUCCAGGACCAUGAAGUGCCUCUCUCAAUUGGCAGUUUUGGGGCUGCAGCGGUGCUUGCAUAUUGCGCUAUAGAAUCCCCCCUUGCACAGCCUAGAAAUGCCAUUGUGGGACAUUUCCUGGCAGCCGUCGUCGGAGUUGGGAUCACGAAGCUGUUUGGUCUUCAUCCUCGCCAUGAAGAGCUCUACUGGAUAGCUGGGCCGCUGUGCUGUGCUGCUGCUACCCUGGUGAUGGCUCUCACGAAAACCGUCCAUCCUCCAGCAGGCGCCACGGCUUUACUCUCAGCCGUAGAUCCCAGAACCAGGCAUCUCGGCUGGUUUCUCCUCCCCGUCGUCCUUCUCUCCUGCACCCUGAUCCUCGCCACGGCCCUGUUGUUCAAUAACAUCGAACGGCGCUUCCCAACGCACUGGUGGACACCUGCAGACCUCCUUCUACCCAAAAAGGCAGACCUGGAGUCUUCAACUUCUGAAGACACUGUUGGAGAUCACCGGACGCAUGCUGCCGCUAACGAAAGUGUGAAGCAACCGGAGAGCCAUAUCACCAUCAGACCUGGACAGCUUGAGAUAUCAGGAGCCAUCACGCUCACAGCAGAUGAACACAACUUCCUCGAACGACUGAGUAGACGUAUAAUAGACAUAGAUGAGAAAACUCCACUGGACGAUGAUAAACUAGAUAAUAUUAGAUAG